AUGAAGAAAAUUAAGCCUCUUAUUUUCUGUUUGGUGGAAACCCGUGCAGACAAUGGUAGGCUAGAUAAAUUUUGUUGUAAGUUGAGUAACCAUUGGGCUUGGGCAGCCAUCGUAGCCGAUGGCUAUUCAGGUGGUAUCCUCGUCUUCUGGCAAAAACAUUUGGGUAAAGUUACACCCCUGGUCAAGUCAAGGUAUGUCUUACAUUUAGUUAUUACUAAUAGCAAGAAUGAGUCUUGGGUCCUUUCUACGGUUUACAAUUCUUCGCAUAUUCGGGUUCAAUCUUCUGUUUGGCUUGAACUUUCUGGUAUUGCCUCUACUAACCUCCCUGCGAUUAUCAUUGGGGACUUUAAUGUUGUAGCUUCUUUGAAUGAGUUUCAGGGGGGUGCUUAUAAUUACUAUCGCCGCAAGGCUCGCUUAUUCUCUGACUUCAUUUUCUGUAAUAACCUGCUCGAAGCUAGAUACUCUGGGUCCAGUUUCACUUGGUGCAACAACCAAAGUGGUACUGCACGUAAGUGGGCAAGCUGCCAUGAUGCUGUCAGAGAAGCCUGGAAUUUUAAACCCCAUUCUAAUCCUAUGCAUGCAUUUUCUCAUUUAAUUUCUCGAGCCAGAUCUAAUCUCAUUUCUUGGAAGAACAGGGGAUUGUGCUCAAUUGUUUCUAAUAUUAGUAGGCUUGAGAUGGAUAUCUUAGAUGCUGAAUCCAUGGAUGCUGUGUACGGUAAUGAUUAUAAUGCUGUUGAAUUGCUUUAUCCUCUCUAUAAUAAACUUGCUGCUCUUCAACGGCAAAACUCUAUCAAGUGGGCUCAGCGGGCCAGGCUUAUGUGGGUUCUUUGUGGAGAUCAAAACACCAGCUUGUUUCACAACUCAAUUCGCUCUCGCAAUCAUCAAAACUCUAUUCCUUUUAUCACUGAUUCCAAUGGUAUCGGUUUACUGAAUUCCAAAGAUAUUGAGAAUGCUUUCUGUGAUUUCUAUACUAACCUUUGGUCAGAUCAGUCCGCUCUUUCUGUGGAGGAAGUUUAUCUGGCGCUUCCCAAUGACCUUCCUACGAUCUCUGCCGGGGAAGCCCUGGCCCUGACGGUUUCAAUACUGAAUUUUUCUGUUUCUUCUGGAAUGAAAUCGGUGAUUUCUCUUUUUGAUGCUGUUUCCCAUUUUUUUAAUAAUUCUGUCUUGCCUAAUUCUUGGGGUCGCACCUAUAUCACCUUAGUGCCUAAAAAACCCAAUCCAAAUACUGUUGUUGAUUUCCGGCCCAUUUCCUUAUGCAAUGUGUGUUAUAAAAUUAUCUCUAAACUCUUAACCAAUCGUCUUAAGGAUGUUUUGCCGAAGGUCAUCGGCCGUGAACAAUGUGGGUUUGUUUCUAAUCGCAGCCCUUUUGAUAACAUCAUUGCCCUUCAAGAGGUGGUGCAUUCUAUGGAUAGAGAUACUAAAAACCCCCCUAGGAUGUUAGUUAAGUUGGACAUUGAAAAGGCCUAUGAUACUUUGAGUUGGAAUGCAACUCUUGCCACUCUUCUCCGAAUGAACUUUCCUAGUAAAUGGAUUUCUUGUGUUCAAGCCUGUAUUAGCUCUGCCUCUUUUUCUCUUCUUAUCAACAAACAACCAUCUUCCUGGUUUAAAUCCACUAGAGGCCUCCGACAAGGGGAUCCUUUAUCCUCUUAUCUUUUUAUUAUUGUAGCUCAAAAUCUGACCAAUCUUCUGAAUUUUGCUAAAAGACUUUCCAUGAUUCCGGGCUUUAAUCCUGAUCUUAACUACAACUUUAACCAUCUCAUGUAUGCGGACGACUUAAUUCUUAUCACUCAUGCCUCUAGGAAAACUGCUCGUAAUAUUAAUCUGUGUCUUUCAAUGUAUGAGCGGAUUACUGGUCAAAAAGCUAAUAAGUCUAAGUCUGAACUUUUUUUCCCCUCUCGGUUCAAUUGCCAUCUCAAAAAAAGCAUUUGCAAUAUUCUGCAUUUUAACUCUGGCUCCUUUCCUUUUAAAUAUCUAGGGAUUUUCGUCUCUCCUAAACGCCUUGCUCUAUCUAAUUUUUCCCAUAUGUUAGACAAAACUGAGCGAGCUCUAUCUUUUUGGAAGCUCUCUAACAUUUCCAAGGCUGGAAAAUCUGUCCUCAUUAAUUCUGUAAUAAUGUCCAUCCCUAUGUACUAUUUGUCAGUUUACCCUGUCCCUGACUCGUUCUUGGACAGAAUUGCUAAAGCUGCUAGAUUGUUCUUCUGGUCUAAGAGUGGCAAUAGAAAGGGCAUGAACUCAGUUAGUUGGAUAGAUAUUACUUCGCAUUAUACUGAGGGGGGUCUCUCUAUCCGUAAUUUGCGUGCUGCGAAGAUUUCUCUUAUGGCUAAAAAUGUUCUAGGUUAUUUAAAUCACCGGGAUGCUAUUUGGGUUGAUAUUCUUCAUCACAAAUAUGGUCAAGUGAAUUUUUGGACUGAUUCUAUCCCUGCCAAUUGCUCUUGGUUUUUUAGAGGUCUUUGGUAUAAUGCUAAUAUUAUUAAACCUCAUCUCUGGAUGCAUCAUUUUGACGUUAAUCGUACUGAUUUCAUGUUAGAUCCCUGGUACUUUGAUAUUCCUUUGGCCUUCAAACCCACCUACAUCAACAUGAACUAUGAUCAGGACUCUUUGAGCAUGACUAAUCUUUUUUUGGAUAAUGCUUGGAAUUUCAACUUUCUUUUGGAAGUGUUUGGUGACAACCUGAAUUUUGAGUAUCUGAUAAAUGACAAAGCUAUCAACUGUUACAACAAUGUGAAUAGAUGGGUGUGGUUUCCAAAAUCUGGGAAACACUUGCUCACCUCAAUGGUAUACGCAUUCUUCAAUAACUCUGCAGGUAAUCUUAAUCCCUGGAAUGGCUGGGGUAAUAUUUGGCACCUCAAUAUAGCCCCAAGAACUAAGCAUUUCAUCUGGCUACUCUUGCACAAUGGCGUCAAAAUGUAUGAAUAUUUAUAUCGGUUGAACCUCGGUCCUCAAACUUUAUGUAAACUGUGUAACCUUGAUGUUGAAAACUCGGAUCACCUCUUCAAUACCUGUCCCAAGGCUCAAUUGGUCUGGAAUCUGGUUAGCAAUUUUAUCGGUAAACAUAUCUGCUUCCCUGAGGGAUUCUCCUCUGGGAAUUGGAUCCUUCCUGCUAAUUCUGGUUACACGAAGUUCGAUCAAUCAGUGAUUGCGGUUGUCUCUUGGUUUAUCUGGAAAUCAAGGUGCAACCUGAUAUUUCGGAACGAAACCCCGGACCUCAACUCUAUUCCUAUCAGAGCAAUUAGUCAUGUCAGGGAGUACUCGCUGUCCUCAUCUACUCAGCUUGGAAAACAAUUGAUUUUUACCAAUUUUACCCUCACUGAUAAUCCUUUUCUCUUUGUUUCUUCAGUUGGAAGCAGUGAGAAGGGGGUCUUUGGUGCAGGUUGCUGCUGCAACUCUGCUGAGUCUGUUCUGGAAGCUGAAGCCUUGUCUCUACUUUCUGCCCUGGGAAGCAUGUUCGCCUCAAACUCUCAGAUCAACACAAUCCUUAUCGCCAGUGUAGAGCUUCUCAGCAUUAUCAAAUCCGGGGAUUCUCAAUACGGUUGGAGAUUCUCUCCUCUAAUCGCGAGCAUUACUGACUUUCUGCUGUGCUUAGGUCUUCCUCAACUUCACCUUGUUCCUAAAGACUGGCUUUCUAUUGCCAACAGCCUUGCUCUUCAUGGAGUUAACUCUCAUGCCUUUACCUUAUAUCACCAGGGAAGGGACCUUCCUUACUGGUUAAUGAAGCAAUUCAUCAGAUCUGGCUUCUCUUUGUAG